AUUGCACCAUUGCACUCCAGCCUGGGCAACACAGACUCUGUCUCAAACAAACAAACCAACUAGACACACCAGUUGUUGGUGGAUGCUAGCAGGAGCUGGGGAGAAGGGGCACUGGUAUGCACAGCUCCUGGUCUCAGACCCUUUAUAUCUGGCAUCACUUUUAGUCCUCGCAAUGAUGCCGAGAGUCGGAGACACCAUUAUUAUCCCUCUUUUCCAGAAUAUUAAAAAAAAAAAAAAAAGGCUUUGGGUGGGGAAGUGACAGAGCCAGCCAGUGACCAUGUACCUCACCAGUGAGCCAAGUUGUCUCCCACAGUCAGUUCUUGGGGGUGGUGUAGGGGUGGAGAACAGGGACUGAACCACAGAAGCAUAAAACAGAGAGGGAGUCAUUUGUCAUGCGUCACACAGCAAGACAUGAUGGUACUGGGCUUGAAUUCAGUCUUUCUGACAUCCUGGUCUAAACAUUUUCCUUUUCUCCAGGCUGGGGACAUGGCUGGGGUCGCUGGGAGAUGGUCUCCAUGGGGAAGACCCUGUAGAGUGCUUCUGAGACUUCCAAAAACAUCGGGGCUCUUCCCAAAUCUGCUGCAGUAAGUGGCACCCUAAUGGCCCCAAAUCACUCCUUGCCCAAGCCCAGAGCCCACAGGAGGCCUCCACCGAGUCAUGACCCUGGGACUAUGAAAUCUUACCUCUUUCUGCACCACACUCACUGGCCCAGCCCUGCUGCUGUUCAUGCCUACUUCAGUUAACCAUGAUGGAAAAUGUUCUCACCCAUCCUUGCACUUCCCAGGAAAUUACCCCUGAGACUAAGAUGCCUGGUGGGUGGGGACUUGAGUUUCCAGAACUGGGAGGGAGGGGCAGGCUUGGGGUUUGGGGGCAGGAAUCAUGGCUGUGAGGUGGGGCCUGGGACUUUCUCAGGGCGAAUGAGAUCCUGCCAUUUCCGCUGAGGGUCUGAGUGUUGCUGCGGCUUUAAAAGCAUGAGAGUCUCAGAGAUACUCCUCCUGCCUGUCCUGAGCUUCCACAAAAGGUGGGUUUUCUGCCAGUCCUCCCCCAACUGAGCUGCACCAUAGCUUUGGGGUGGGGAGGAUCUUAGAAGCAGAACUAGGAUGUUUCUUAGAGAGACCUGACUUCCCCUCUUUGCCCAUCCCUACUGGUAGCUGUUUGGAGCUCCAGUCAGAGGUAGCCUCUGUGUGCCCAUCCCAGACAUGGGAGGCCCCGUCACAGCCUUGCCAAUUUCCCUGUCCUUCUCAGAUCCCUGCGUGGCAUGGGUGGGGGUUUUAGGGCUCCAAAGAGACCCCUUCUGGGGCUGAACCGCGGAGCCUACCUUCCUGGGCUUGGCAGAAAGACCGCUAUCUGUACGUACCUCCAAAGACCAGACCCUUGACUCUGCUUCCAGACUCCUUGUUGCCAUUGUUGCUGGGGAAGGUUGAGGGCCCGACACUGCUCAGGUUUCAGCACCUCCUGGGCGGAUGACGCCCUGGUCUGGGGGGUGCUUCUGAACCCCUAUCUCCCUCCCCUUCCCUCAGCACCAUCAGGUCGCGGACAGCUCCUCGCCGUCUCAUCCACCCACAGCCCCUAAAGCUACCUUUUUCUCUUUCAGCACGGUGCGAGGGACAGCGACUCGGCCCUGGGGGUCUCCUGAGACCCUGUCUCCCUGCUCUCCAUUUAGCAGAGAUCAGUGGACAAUUUCUAUCUUCUCCACUCCAAGUCCUUGUCUUGGUUCUUUCCCAUGCAGCGCUAGAGGGAACGGCAGACGGUUCUCAGGGCUGGGGUGGGGGGUCUCUUCAGCCCCUAGCUUCAACACCCCUCGCCACGUUCUUUUCCCCUGUUCUACCCUUCAGCACCAUCUGGGCAUCGACAGCUCCUCGGCUUCGGCCCCUCCUUGAGCCCCCGUUCCACCUUCUCCCGCUUCAGCACCUCCGGCGCGGACAGCUCCUCUCUGUCGCCUCCACUCCCGGCCCUGGGCCAGACCCGAGAGCAGACGCUCUUCGGCGUCCGCUCACGGGGACGACUCCUGCUCCCUGCUAUCCCAGACCCCUUUCUCUGGCCAUGGAGACCCUGGGGGUCAGCGAAGGGGCAGAGGUGUGCAGCAGGUUGAGUCGCUCUCGCGGCCGCCACAGCAUGACCAGAGCCCCAAAGCACCUGUGGCGGCAACCCCGGCGCCCCAUCCGCAUCCAACAGCGCUUCUAUUCGGAUCCGGACAAGUCCGCGGGCUGCCGCGAGCGGGACCUGAGCCCGCGGCCCGGGCUCGGGAAGUCGCGGCUUUCCUGGCCCAUUUCCUCCUGCAGGCGCUUUGACCUGGAAAAUGGGCUCUCAUGCGGGAGGAGGGCCCUGGACCCUCAGUCCAGCCCUGGGCUGGGCCGGGUCAUGCAGGCUCCAGUCCAGCACAGCCAGCGGCGCGAGUCCUUCCUGUACCGCUCAGAUAGUGACUAUGAACUCUCACCCAAGGCCGUGUCUCGGAACUCCUCUGUGGCCAGUGACCUACAUGGAGAGGACAUGAUUGUGACGCCCUUUGCCCAGGUCCUGGCCAGUCUGCGGACGGUUCGGAGCAACGUGGCGGCCCUUGCCCGCCUGCAAUGCCUAGGAGCAGCCAAGCAGGGACCCGUCGGAAACCCUUCAUCCAGCAAUCAGCCCCCUCCGCCUGCAGAGGACACGGGGCAGAAGCUGGCAUUGGAGACGCUAGACGAGCUGGACUGGUGCCUGGAUCAGUUGGAGACGCUGCAGACCCGGCACUCGGUGGGGGAGAUGGCCUCCAACAAGUUCAAGCGGAUCCUAAACCGGGAGUUGACCCACCUGUCCGAAACCAGCCGCUCCGGGAACCAGGUGUCCGAGUACAUCUCCCGGACCUUCCUGGACCAGCAGACUGAGGUGGAGCUGCCCAAGGUGACCGCUGAGGAGGCCCCACAGCCCAUGUCCCGGAUCAGUGGCCUACAUGGGCUCUGCCAUGGUGCCAGCCUCUCCUCAGCCACUGUCCCACGCUUUGGGGUCCAGACUGACCAGGAGGAACAGCUGGCCAAGGAGCUAGAAGACACCAACAGGUGGGGACUUGACGUGUUCAAGGUGGCGGAGCUAAGUGGGAACCGACCCCUUACAGCUGUCCUAUUCAGCAUUUUUCAGGAGCGGGACCUGCUGAAGACAUUCCAGAUCCCAGCAGACACACUGGCCACCUACCUGCUGAUGCUGGAGGGUCACUACCAUGCCGAUGUGGCCUAUCACAACAGCCUACAUGCUGCCGAUGUGGCCCAGUCUACGCAUGUGCUGCUGGCUACACCUGCCCUUGAGGCUGUGUUCACAGACUUGGAAAUCCUGGCUGCCCUCUUUGCAAGCGCCAUCCAUGAUGUGGACCAUCCUGGGGUCUCCAACCAGUUUCUGAUUAACACCAACUCAGAGCUGGCGCUUAUGUACAAUGAUGCCUCCGUGCUGGAGAACCACCACCUGGCUGUGGGCUUCAAGCUGCUGCAGGCAAAGAACUGCGAUAUCUUCCAGAACCUCAGCACCAAGCAGCGACUGAGUCUGCGCAGGAUGGUCAUUGACAUGGUGCUGGCCACAGACAUGUCCAAACACAUGAACCUCCUGGCCGACCUCAAGACCAUGGUGGAGACCAAGAAGGUGACAAGCCUUGGCGUCCUCCUCUUGGACAACUAUUCCGACCGAAUCCAGGUUUUGCAGAAUCUGGUGCACUGCGCUGACCUGAGCAACCCCACCAAGCCGCUGCCCCUGUACCGCCAGUGGACAGACCGCAUCAUGGCCGAGUUCUUCCAUCAGGGAGACCGCGAGCGUGAGUCGGGCCUGGACAUCAGUCCCAUGUGUGACAAACACACGGCCUCAGUGGAGAAGUCCCAGGUGGGUUUCAUUGACUACAUUGCCCACCCACUGUGGGAGACUUGGGCUGACCUGGUCCACCCAGACGCACAGGACCUGCUGGACACGCUGGAGGACAAUCGAGAGUGGUACCAGAGCAAGAUCCCCCGAAGUCCCUCAGACCUCACCAACCCUGAGUGGGGCGGGCCUGACAGAUUCCAGUUUGAGCUGACUCUGGAGGAGGCAGAGGAAGAGGAGGAGGAGGAGGAGGAGGAAGAGGACGGGGAAGAGACAGCUUUAGACAAAGAGGCCUUGGAGUUGCCUGACACUGAACUCCUGUCCCCGGAAGCUGGCCCAGACCCUGGGGACUUACCCCUCGACAACCAGAGGACUUAGGGCCAGCCCUGCGUGAACUGCAGGGGCAAUGGAUGGUGAAUCCCUUUGGCUCUUGGCAGGCAGACUUUCCAGGAAGUGGCUCCAUGUGGCUUCUGCUUCACUUUCCCACCCACUGAGGGAGACAAUCAAGUUCUUAGUCAUAGGUGGCUCUCAGGGUCUAACUGGAGGCACCUGGCUGGGGUCCACUCUGACCCCGGACUUGCCUAAAAGAGCUCUCCAAGGGGCAGCCUCUUCUAAUGCCCUUGGGAUCUUUGUCCUGGGCUUCUAUCCCUGCGAGGAGAGGUGCUGUCUGCUAGAGCCUCUAGCCCACCCUCUCCAGUGGUCACUCUUGAGCCACAUCUGUCACAAUUAUUUCCUUCUUUGUCAAA